AUGCCGAAGAAGCAGAAGACGAAGGCGGCACCAUUUAACGAUAAGUUGAAGGGACUGUACCAUUUUGUGUCUGCCACCGAGAAAGUUGUUGAAUUGCUGGAAAGCAGAUCGUGUAAACCGGUGCACAAAGCCUCAGCGGCAGCGUUCCGGGGCGGUGGACUCGUGACAAACAAGGUGCUGGAGCUGGUUCAAAGCGGUGGGAGUAUCGACGAGUCCACCGCUUGUCUGUAUCGAGACACCUCCGCUCGGUUGGGGACACUCCUGUCGGACGGGCGAGCGGUUAGCAAGUUGCAGUUGAAGGCCGUGAUGAAGCUGAUGGACGGGCUUGGCAAGGUGGCCCAGGUAUCCAGCGCUAGGACGGAUCUCCCGCUAACUCUGUCGGACACAGUGUUAAUGUCUACUUGGCUGGACUUUAAAACCUACGUCGAUGGACACGGCGACGACAGGUUACUCAUGAUGCAACAGUAUGUGAAGACUUUCCAGAGCCAGCAGAGACGAGGCCCGUUGAAGACCCUUCUGGAGGACUAUGAAGAGGAAAUGCGGUCGUUUCGGGGGCGACGCGCGUGGAGCUUCCCCUCGUUCUGA